AUGGACGGGCUGGGCCUCGCCGCGGCGCCCGGCGGAGGGGCGGACGAUGGGGCGCACCAUGAGGCGGGCGAGCCCCGCUCGCUCCCGCCCCCCGGGAAGGGCACGAACCACCCGGCACAGCCGCCGUGCGGGACACCACCGGCCAGCCCGCAGCCCGCCCCCACGGGCCUGCCCACCCUCCUGGCCUACAGACCCGAGUCAUCACAGGCAAACGUACACCACGAGGCAGAGGAGGAUGCUGAGCCAAGGUGCGAGUACUGCGGCAGCCUGCUGAGGCCGUUCCCCUUGCCCGAGGACGGGGCUCUCUCCGAGGACCAGGAAGGCAGAUUCUGCUGCCGGCGCAGCCGAGAGCUCUAUGAGUUCAUCUUGAAGGAGAGGAAGAGGCUCGAGGAUGCCAGCAGCCUUCCCAGAGCUGUCAGCACCCAGGAAUCCCCCGGCUCUGAAGCCAACAUGCUGCUGUCAAAGGAGCAAACUGGGAGGCAGCAGAAGAGACACCUGGCUAGAGAGUUGGCUGACCAGUCUUUAAGGCAGAGUGCCACUAAAGGGUCACAGCAAGCUGGACCCAUUUCCUACGAGCCUUCCCAGGAACUCCCAUCUCCCAAAGCCGGGUCACCAGUGCCUGUUGCAAGUGCAGCCGAGCCUGAGUACCUUUCUGAGCCCGAGCUCCGGCCCAAGGAGAAGCCCACGCCCGAGUCCUGGCCCGAGGAGCAGCCUGAACUGGAACCCCAGCCCAAGGAGGAGCCCGAGCCGGAGCCCCGGCCCGAGGAGCCCGAGCCGGAGCUUCGGCCCGAGGAAGAGCCCGAGCUGGAGAAGGAGCCUGGGUCUGAGCCCGAGUCCCAGCCUGAAGAGGAGCCCGAGCCUGAGAAAAAGCUCAAGUGGGACAAGAAGCCCAUGUCCCGCAGCGUCCUCGGCUACGACUUCAGUUAUCUGGGGAAAAAGGUGGGGAAGGGUAAAUUGGUGCAGAAGUACUACAAAAAUGGAAAGAAAUUCCUUACCAUGCUCCCAGACGGAACCUUGCAGUUAUUCUAUCCAUCUGGAAACCUGGCCAUCAUCAUUACACAAGCCAGAGACCAGCUGAUGUGCAUAGUACAGGAGGACGAGCGGAGGACACUCAAAAUCCGAGCACUGUUUCAGUCUGAUGGCAGGAGCACAUGCUAUUACCCGACCGGAGAUGAGUGGAUAAAUAUGAGUAUCCAGGGUGGGCAGUAUUUGGACCAAGCAGGCAACAGGGUGAGAAGGUGGAUGUGGCCGAACUUGUCACCAGGACCUCAGGUGCCACUGAGCCCCAUUUUCAUCUCCCUGAACCGCCACGUGGGGGUCAGGAUCCUGGCCCAGGACAAGAUCUUCAUCUCCUUCCUUGCCAUGGGGCGACAAGCAAAACUCAACAUGGGAACCAAAGUGCAGGUCAGCACCAGCAGCCAGCUGCCUCCUCCAGCCCGGCUGGGUGAGGAUGAGCUCCUGCUGCUUGCCUUCCGCGUGAGGAUCCUGCAGCUCUUCGAAAGGAUGCGGGGAUGCCUCAACUUCCCUUCCAAUGAGCAGUGGAACAAAAUGCAGCCUCCCAUGUACCUCAUCACCCAGGCUGUGAAGAUCCUGGAGCUCUGCAUGGCUGCUGACAUAAGUGACGAGCUGCGCAGCUCCAUCAAGGCAAUAGUAAACGCCCAGGAACUCUGACCAGUGUGUGUGUGGUGUAAAAUGAGCCAGAGACAGUCCCCGGUGCUGUGGCACCUGCAUGUGCUCAGCAAGGCUUCUCCUGCGGCCCUGCCUGCCCCGGUGCAGAGGAAAGGGCAGUGCAGGGCCGAUCUGCACAGCCCCAGAUGGGAUCGGGGCAGGCGCUACCGGCCCGCAGUGACACCUUGGUCACGGAGGCACGAGGGGGCUUUGCUCGGGCACAGCAGUGCCGUGUGCCCUGCUCCGCAGCAGUGCAGCGCUCCUGAGCAGGCUCCCCUCUGCCUUCAGCCCUCGGGUAAGGCAUUAGGGCACACCCGAGCCAGGCCUGGGACAGCUGCACAGGCAGGCGUUUGCUCAGACCCGGUGUACAGGUUUGUACCCCACGGGCAGGUACAAACUGCAGGUGUACUGCCCUGCCACUCCUGACAGGAAGGUGGCAUCAGCAGGAAGCCCCAGGGCAGCUCAGCCAGUUGCAGGUACAAGACAAGGUGGUUCCCUGCACAGAGAGCAACAAAUGCCCUCAGAGUGCCCAAAGCAAUCACCGGUGCUUGGCUCCAGGGAGCACCAGCUGCAGCCUGGGCUGGGCUCUGGUUCAAGCACUGCAGAGCUGUCAGUGCGUGUUCAGCCCGUGGUGCUGCAGUCAGCAGUGAGGAACCUCCCAGCCUCGCAGAGCUGCCUUUGAAACUAGGGAUGCACCUGGCCAGCU